CUGUCCCCUCACGGAGCUCCCGCCCGGCCUCGCGCCUGCGCAGUGCGCGCGGCGCCAUCCGGGUCCCGACGCGGCCAUGGCGACGGUGGCGGAGCUCAAAGCAGUUUUAAAGGACACACUGGAAAAAAGAGGAGCUCUUGCCCAAAUCAAAGCGAGGAUCAGAGCUGAAGUGUUCAAUGCCCUGGAUGACCAGAGCGAGCCGCGGCCGACGCUGUCCCGGGAGAACCUCCUGCUCAAUGAGCUCAUUCGGGAAUACCUGGAGUACAACAAGUACAAAUACACAGCAUCUGUUCUGACGGCAGAAUCCGGCCAGCCUGAAGUGCCCUUGGAUAGAGAGUUUCUUGCCAAAGAGCUGAAUAUAGUUGAAGAUGCAAGUGGAAAAUCAGUCAGACCUCUCCUGUAUGGAAUUCUCUCUCAUUUCUUACAUGGUGGUAAAGAAGAAAGUACCCAGAACAUCCAUCCAAAAGUGUCUUUGCUGAAUUAUCCAAAGCAGAACCUUGGCAAACCAGCUGCAGAGAGAAAUCAAAAAGACAGAAUUCCAGAACCAGGAAGGAUGGCUGGCAUGAGCAUCAAAGAGCCUCUUAUUUUACAAAGUAUAAAGAGAUGAUAUCUUUCAUUUUCUAAUUUCUCAUUUCAAGGUCUGUCAGAUUUCAUUUAGGACAUUCUUCAUUGCAUAAAUUUCUCCAGUAAAUCCAGUGGGACCAUUUUAGCUGGUAACAUCUACUCAUGAGACAGGAUGACAAGGUCAUACUUACUGUCAAUUUUAAAAAUGUUAGCAAAGCUCUCUUUCCUUAGAUAGAAGGAAAACUGUAUAGGGACUCAUUAAUUAGUGCAUCCUGUGUAGAGAAUUGUACCUGAAUAUACUGAGUUUAUCCAAUAAAUUUUUAUAUAAUAACUUACAAUUUUUACACUUAUAUAUUUGUGUGGUUUUCCUGUGUUUCUGAAUAAAAUUUUUCAAUUUUA